AUGACCUCAGGGGUGCCUGUCUCUCCAAUUUUGGACUUCAUCGACACCUACCUACCGAACACUAGCGUCGGUACCGUCAUGAGGGGUCUCCAGGAACGUAAGGUUCUGGUGCCUCGCAGUGGCUCUAGGCUGAACCGACCCUCCUCAAGUCCGGAGAAACCUCCAGUGCAUAGCCAUUCCUUCAGGGCCUUCGAAGGCCCAUUCGCAAAGGGCUCCCUGAAACCUUCCCGCGUCGUAAGGGCAUUGAAGGCGAUAGAGAACGCCGUCCGCAAGGUUAUGGGGUUGAAGACCCGAGGAACUGACACCAACAAGUACUCCAUCCGUGUUGUGGAUGGAGAAGAUGAUAUCCUCAUUACUUGCAUGACUGAUAGCAACGAUAAUGUGAACGAACCUUUGCACUCGACCAAGGUAGUUAUUCCUUUCCGUAUUGCGUCCGGGACCAGUAGGACGAACAAGGGUACUUCUGAUCCCCUUCCGGAUUUCAUGCGUGUAGUCAACGAAGAUGCUCGUCGAAAGCACCUGUAUGCAAUCACCAUUGAGGAUGCCGACAUGUCGCUGUGGUAUGUAUCUCGUUCGAGAUGCGCCAAAUCUGCUCCAUUUGACAUGCAAAAGCAUCCAGACCUCCUCGUCCGGGCAUUGGUCUCGCUGAUGUCGGCCACGGAUCAGGAACUCGGGUAUGAUCCCUUGGUCACCUUGCUCCCAGACCUUACCUACGUCUACGAACUGCCACCGGAUGAGGGCAGGAAAGACCCCCACUACUACCAAAACACCGAACUCAUUUCCGAAUUCCACUCCGACGAUGCUGUCGGACGCAGUGCGCGAGUUUGGAAGGUGAAGCAGGUAUUCUCGCCCACUGACCUGAGGCGCGUUCCCGGGACUUCCGACAGGAUCCUCAAGGACGUGUCCCUCGAUGCACGCAUGAAGCCCGAGGUGGAUAUUCAGCGACAGCUCUUCGCUGAUAUCGCUGCUUUCGGGGAACGUCCUGACUGGCGUUCCGCUGGCGUCUUAAAGGAUAUGCGGCAAGAAGAUAUGGACGCGCUCGUGGAUGCUUUGGAUGGGGAAAACUUCAAGAAAUAUUUUUCUUGCAUCGUCGCCAGUCACGUCGGCAAGCCUUACUCCUGUCCGGCUCGAUCCCAAUCCCAAAGUCUGCCUUUUGGUGAUGGCCCGAGCCCAACCUUCGUACCAAAGCGUCGGUGCUUCUACCUUUACGAAUUCAUCUGCACGCCCCUCUACGACAUCUGUACACUUGGAGAAGCAAUCGACAUUCUUAAACAGUGUCUCACAGCAAUGCGACUCAUGUACUGUGCUGGGUGGAUCCACCGUGACAUCAGCGUGGGGAACAUCCUCGCCAUUCGACCUGGGCCAGAAGCGCCUUGGGAAAUGAAGCUAUCCGACCUUGAAUACGCCAGAAGAUUUCUAGACCCAGAGAUUCCGAAGGGAGAGAAGCCAAUCGGAACUCCAUUUUUCAUGGCCUGCGAACUGCAGGCAAGAGUGCCUUUGAUCCCUGAAGAGGAUGAUCCAACGAUCGACAGCGAAGAGGACGAUGAUCUCCCGGAGCCCCUCAGGCCAGUGUCGCACAGUUACCAGCACGACCUCGAGUCAAUAUGGUGGAUUAUCCUCUGGCUCGUAACCGCAAGGUUGCGCGCUGGCCACUCGCGCGCGUGGAGCGAUACCUUUUUCAAGCACAGCCGGGAUAUACACUAUGGCCAGUCGCGUUAUUGGCUCCUGUCCUGCGGGGGUUCCCUCGAGUCGCUAGCAGGUUUUCCCAGCGACCUCCCACCAUCCCUGUAUGGAAAGUCAUUCCUUGGCCAUCUCAGCGCAUUCAGGUUUUAUCUCUGCCGCGAAUACCGGAGGCGGUAUGGAGCGAAUGGACUGGAAGACCCAGGGAGUUACUCGUGGAUUAUGGGGGAAGGUGCCUCCAAGUUCUUCCGUGGUGCCCAAAAGUCCCACUCACAAUGGGGUUCUGUCCAACUAAUCGUCGAGAGCGAGAUUCAGGAGAACCGGUGGAUUGCUGAGACGAAGAGGCAGGAGCCAUCUUCGUCGUCAGCGAAGCGAAAGGCAGAGGAGGAGGUGGCAGGCCCAGAUGCCAUCAUUCGGGCGGCAGCUGAUAAAGGACAUGAACAGAAGAAACCACAUCCACCUCGAAAACGACCGCGACUCACGAAGACCGACUUCCCGGCUCAACCGCAGCGACGCACAGGACCCGUGACGAGGUCGAUGACCAGGGAUCAGCGCGCUGGUCCGACGACGAGAUCCAUGACACGUCGCCUUCAGCGAUCUGCUGCUGGGUCCACCCGACAAACGAGAUCUUCGAAUAGGCGAACUCGAGCAUAA